AUUAUACCUAUUUGCCAGUUGACUGAUCAACUUGUACUGAGCUUCAUUUAGCUUUCAAGUGAACAUGUAUCUUCGAAUUCUUAUUCUAGCUUCUGUAUCUGCUUGCGUGAGAAUUGCUCUUUGUGAACAACUUCCCCAACCCUGCGCUCUCCUGAAAAAAGGAAUCCAAGACUUCCUCCGAGAAGCUGGAAUAUCAGCCAACAAACUCAAGACCUACGCCGACUUCUUUACUCAAAAGAACAUCGAUGUGAACGUUUUCAAGGCUCUCACUUUGGCCCAGCUGCAAAACCUCGGUAUUCAAGUUCUUGGAGAUCGUUUAAAGAUCCAGAAGUACUUUUCCAGUGAUCUUUGCAACAACUGUGCCAAAAGCAACGUUUGUAAAAAUGGCGGAGUUUGUCAAGACGGUUUCCGAUGCUUCACAUGUUACUGUCCUGACACGUAUUACGGUCCUACAUGCAGCAGCAAGUGUCCUUGUAAGAACUCAGGCAAAUGCAUCGGCAAGGAAGACGGUGGCUUUGAAUGUAAGUGUAUGGCAGGGUAUGCAGGGAACCUUUGUGAAAAACAGUGGCUCAGUGAAGAUGCAUUCAAGCAGCUGGAGCAGAAAGUGAAAAAACUGACAAAGAAACUUGAGCAAAACGAAAAGAAGAUUACUGAACAAGGAAAAGCUUUAGCUGAAGUAAAGAACAAGUUUAACAUGCUAAGGAAAAAUGAAUGGCGCCUCGUGAGAGUUGAUAAACCACUGGAUAAACUCGCCAAGAUUGCCCUUUACCAAAAGAAGCCUACCUACAUCCAAAGUAUGCCGAUGGUGUUUCCUAGCAACACUAAAGCCAUUAUCAUCUCUGUGUUCACUAACUUCUGGAACACUAAAGGACACGCCUACCUCGACUUCAAAACCUACCAACAGGGCAAUGAGAAAGACGGUAGCGUGACUGUUGUAAACACACACUUUAAUAUUUACGCCAACACGUUCUACUACGAGUUGAUGCUGCCUUGGAAUACUACUUUACCACAAGAAUUGGUCUUCAAGAUAACAGGCAGCUACUUGACUGGAGGAAGCAAUAACUGGUACCAAGUCAAGCUUGUGGGCUUCGUAAAAGCUUGAUAAAUUUAAUUGUCCUGUAAAAUGCAAUAUGUAUUGCUAUAACUAAUUGAAAUACAAAAUUU